AUGAAAGGUGUAGCAAACUAUCAUCACCAUCCUUACACCUUUAUCUUCAUCAUCUUCGUCUUCAUAUUGGUUCCAUCUUCCAGUGUCUCUGCCAACACUUUUUCGGCUACUGAAUCUCUCACAAUCUCAAACAACAAAACCAUUGUAUCUCGCAACGGAACCUUCGAGCUCGGUUUCUUCACUCCCGGGUCUACCUCUCGUUGGUAUCUCGGGAUAUGGUACAAGAAAAUCUCUACAAGAACCUACGUAUGGGUCGCCAACAGAGACAACCCUCUAACUCAUCCCAACGCAACUCUCAAAAUAUCAGACAACAACCUCGUCAUUUACGACCACUCCGACACACCUAUCUGGUCAACGAAUCUAACCGUUGAAACCUCGAGAUCUUCACUAGUGGCAGAGCUUCUCGCCAACGGUAACUUCGUGCUAAGACACGAUCCACCAGAAGAAGAGUUCUUGUGGCAGAGUUUCGAUUUUCCGACAGAUACUUUACUUCCGGAGAUGAAACUAGGCUGGGACAAAAAAACCGGAUUCAACAGAGUCUUGAGAUCAUGGAGGAGUCAAGAAGAUCCAUCAAGUGGAGAUUUCUCGACUAAACUCGAAACAAGAGGGUUCCCUGAGUAUUACGUAUUCAACAAAGAGUCAAUCGUGUACCGGAGCGGUCCAUGGAUAGGAAACCGGUUUAGCUGCGUACCGGAGAUGAAACCAGUUGAAUACAUGGUUUACACUUUCAUAGCAAGUAACGAAGAAGUGACUUACGCAUACAAAAUGAUUAAACCGGACGUUUACUCCACGUUAAGCCUAAGCUCUACCGGAACCAUACAAAGACGGACUUGGAUCGAGGCAUCACAGAGUUGGAAACAGUUAUGGUACCAACCAAAGGACAUAUGCGAUAACUACAAACAGUGUGGGAGUUACGGUUACUGCGAUUCCAACACGUUACCGAACUGUAACGGCAUCAGAGGGUUUGAGGAAGGUAAUGAGAAAGAAGAAGAGUGGGCUUUGAGAGAUGAUUCAGCUGGUUACGUGAGGAAGACGAGGCUGAGUUGUGAUGGUACUGAUGGGUUUGUGAUGUUGAAGCGGAUGAAAUUGCCGGAUACUUCGGCUACGGUUGUGGACAGAGGGAUUGGGUUGAAGGAGUGUGAAGCUAAGUGUUUAAGAGAUUGUAACUGUACAGCGUAUGCUAACACUGAUGUUCGUGACGGCGGGUCGGGUUGUGUGAUUUGGAAUGGAGGUCUUUGGGAUAUAAGGAGUUAUGCAAAUGGUGGUCAGGAUCUCUAUGUUAAACUUGCAUCUGCUGAUAUUGAUGUCAAGAUAACGAGUCAUGGAGGAAUCAUAGGUUCUAGUAUUGGAGUGACCAUUUUGCUUCUAAUAAGCAUCAUCAUCUUUGGGUAUUGGAAAAGAAAACAGAAGAGUGUUAUAACAAUUCAAACACCUACUGUUGAUCAAGUGAGAAGCGAAGAUUUGCUAAUAAACCAAGUGGUACUAACAAGCAAGAGAUACAUAUCUAGCGAAAACAAAACAGAGGAUCUAGAGCUUCCACUGAUGGAGUUUGAAACUCUUUCCAUGGCAACAAACAGAUUUUCUGACGCUAACAUGCUUGGACAAGGUGGUUUCGGUAUUGUUUACAAGGGAACUUUACCUGAUGGGAAAGAAAUAGCAGUAAAGAGACUAUCUAAAAUGUCAUUACAAGGGACCGAUGAGUUCAAGAAUGAGGUCAGACUAAUUGCAAGGCUUCAGCACGUAAACCUUGUCCGGCUUCUUGGUUGUUGUGUCGAUAAAGGAGAGAAGAUGUUGAUAUAUGAGUACUUGGAGAAUCUAAGCCUUGAUUCUCAUCUCUUUGACAAAAUCCGACGGUCUACCUUAAAUUGGCAAAAGAGAUUUGAGAUUACCAAUGGUAUUGCUAGAGGACUUCUUUAUCUUCACCAAGAUUCACGGUUUAGGAUUAUCCAUAGAGACUUGAAAGCUAGUAACGUCUUGCUUGAUAAAAAUAUGACUCCGAAGAUCUCGGAUUUCGGGAUGGCAAGAAUCUUUGGACAGGAUGAGACAGAAGCUAACACAAGGAAGGUGGUUGGAACUUACGGCUACAUGGCUCCAGAGUAUGCAAUGGACGGGAUAUUCUCGAUGAAGUCGGAUGUUUUCAGCUUCGGGGUCUUGCUUCUUGAGAUUAUAAGUGGCAAGAGGAGUAAAGGCUUCUACAACUCUAACCGUGACCUUAACCUCCUUGGUUUUGUGUGGAGGUAUUGGAAGGAAGGAAAAGGGAUAGAGAUAGUAGACCAAAUCAUCAUGGAUUCUUCAUCAUCAGCACUACAAACACAUGAAAUCAUGAGAUGUAUACAGAUUGGUCUCUUGUGUGUUCAAGAACGUGCUGAAGACAGACCAGUAAUGUCGUCGGUUAUGGUGAUGCUUGGAAGUGAAACUACAGCUAUUCCUCAGCCUAAACGUCCUGGUUAUUGUGUUGGGAGAAAUCUCAAUGAGGCUGAAUCUUCGUCAAGUACACAGCGUGAUGAUGAAUUGACGGUGAACCAAAUCACUCUUUCAGUCAUUCACGCCCGGUAAUGUGAACGUUACCUAGACAAUCUGUUUAUAUGCAUAUCAGUUGCUAUUUUUCUAUGUAAUACCCAAUGUUUCAGAUUAAUUGUUGUUUUAGAGUUUAGUAUUAUUUUGUUUUAAGUAUCGUAUGCUUUCAAUGCAUUUAUCUGCUAGUUUUUUUCAAUU